AUGGGCAUGAAACUUGAGAUCAAAAAAAAAUUGAUGGCACGCUCUGAGCGUGUCAAGUCCAUGGACUUCCAUCCGACAGAGCCAUGGAUCCUCGCCAGUUUGUACGAUGGACAUGCCUAUAUCUGGAAUUAUGAGACACAGGCGUUGGUCAAGACCUUUGAAGUCACAGAUCAACCAGUCCGUGCCGCAAAGUUCAUUGCUCGAAAGAACUACGUGAUUACAGGAUCGGAUGACAUGCAACUCCGCGUCUUCAACUACAACACACACGAGAAGAUUCACAGCUGGGACGCCCAUAGUGACUAUAUUCGUUGCAUUGCUGUCCAUCCUACUCUACCCUAUGUUCUUUCUGGUUCGGAUGAUAUGACGAUCCGGCUGUGGGAUUGGGACAAGAACUGGAAGUGCAUGCAAACUUUUGAAGGCCAUACGCAUUUCAUCAUGACUGUUACUAUUAAUCCCAAGGACACCAACACUUUUGCCUCCGCUUGUGUGGAUCGCACUGUGAAAGUCUGGUCUCUUGGAUCCAGCGUUGCCAACUUCACAUUGGAAGGACAUGAGAAGGGCGUUAACUGGGUUGAUUACUACUAUGGAGGAGAGAAGCCUUACCUUGUGACAGCUGGCGAUGACCAGCUUGUAAAGAUUUGGGACUACCAGAACAAGACUUGUGUCCAAACACUGGAAGGGCAUUCUCAGAAUGUGACAUUCGCGGUUUUUCAUCCUGAUCUCCCCAUUAUUAUUUCAGGAAGCGAGGAUGGAAGUGUCAAGCUCUGGCAUUCCAACACAUAUCGUCUGGAAAACACUCUCAACUAUGGCUUGAAUCGCGCCUGGGCAAUUGCCUACCGCCGGUCAACGAACGAUGUUGGUCUAGGUUAUGAUCUUGGUUCGGUUGUUAUCAAACUGGGUCGUGAGGAGCCCACAGUCAGUAUGGAUAGUGGCGGAAAGAUUAUCUGGGCAAAGCAUAACGACAUUCAGACUGCCAAUAUCAAGGCUAGCAUGGGUGACGAUACUAAGGACGGUGAGCGUAUUGUUUACGCUGCUAAGGACCUUGGUAACUGCGAAGUUUAUCCUCAGAUGCUCCAGCACAGUCCCAAUGGUCGCUUCGUUGUCGUCUGCGGUGAUGGAGAAUACAUUAUUUACACUGCCUUGGCCUGGAGAAACAAGAGCUUUGGUAGUGGCCUGGAGUUUGUAUGGGCACUGGAUUCCAACUUGUAUGCUGUCCGCGAAUCGACUUCAAAGGUCAAGGUCUUCAAGAACUUUAAGGAGAAGCCUAACCAUAUCAGAGUCAACUACUCUGCUGAGGGUAUUUUUGGGGGCACGCUUCUUGGAGUGAAGAGCGCAAGCUUCUUAAAUUUAUAUGACUGGGAGACAGGCCUUACUGUCCGUCGGAUUGAUUGUAAUCCCAAGAAUGUGUAUUGGUCAGAGACUGGAGAUUUGAUGACAAUCGCCUGUGAUGACUCGUUCUACGUCCUACGCUACAACCGCAAUGCAUACUCUCAGUUUGUUGAGAGUGGAGGCCAGGUUGGAGAGGAAGGUGUUGAAGAGGCUUUGGAGUUUGUUACAGAGAUCGCUGAAAAUGUUCAAACUGGCUGCUGGGUCGGCGAUUGCUUUAUCUACACCAAUACUUCCAAUCGUCUUAAUUACUUGGUUGGCGAACAAACACAGACGAUUGCGCACUUUGAUAAUGCUCAUUACCUUCUUGGUUACAUUCCUCGUGACAACCGUCUCUACCUGGUGGACAAGGACGUCAAUGUUGUCAGCUAUGCCAUUUCACUUACAGUGAUCGAAUAUCAGACAGCAGUCUUGCGCGGUGACAUGGAGACGGCAGAAACUUUGCUGCCUCGCAUCCCUCAUGAGCAAUUAAAUAAGAUUGCAAGGUUCUUGGAAGGUCAGGACCAUAAGGAACUUGCUCUACAAGUUUCUACGGACCAGGAACACAAGUUUGAUCUGGCAAUUCAACUUGAACGAUUGGACAUUGCUGUUGAAAUUGCUCGUGUAUCGGACUCUGAGCCCAAGUGGAAGACACUCGGUGAUUGUGCUAUGACCAAAUGGAAAAUCAAUCUAGCGGAAGAAUGCUUUAUUCAUGCCAAGGAUUUGAGUGGAUUGCUGCUUAUCUACACAUCUAGCGGCAAUGCUGAGGGCAUGCGACGAUUAGCGACAAUGGCCAAGGAAGCUGGAAAGAGCAACAUUGCGUUUGCAUGUUUCCUUUCUCUUGGCCAGGCAGAGGAUUGUAUCGACAUCCUUGUGGAAACAGAUCGUAUCCCCGAGGCCGCCAUAAUGGCCAGAACAUAUCUCCCAAGUGCUGUGCCUCGCGUCCUCAAACUUUGGAAAGAAUCACUUGUUGCAGCCAACAAGGAAAAGACUGCUCAGGCACUCGCUGAUCCUACAGAAUAUGAGGAUUUGUUCCCUGACUUUCAACAUCAAAUCGAAUCAGGGUCUCCCAGAUUUGCUGGCUCAGAAUGCUGA